ACUUUCUGUUUCCCAUCAUGCAAAGCUACUGGACGAGGGAUUUUUAAAAAGUUAUCAGAAAUGGCGGAGAAAUCGAUAAGGGAAGUGGCCAGUGUAAGUGUAUUAAAUAGCCGUUUAACAGAGGAUCGAGGACAUUUACAUGGGAAAUCUCGUCUCUCGAUUUCGCCAAACAAAGAAGGAUUUAACUCCUCCGAUCACUUAAAUACAGAAUGUAGCCUGCCAGAGCAUACAGUCUCAAACGAACCUGACACGGAAUGUCCGGGACAACUCUCAACUCAGGCAAUACCGAUCAACUAUGCCAACGCAGACGUCUCGGAGUCAACAAAAAACUCUUCAGAUAGUGAAUUUACCACGGCAGACAAGGAAAAUUGUAUCCCGGCCGUCGUUACUACUUGUGGUGCGGGAGUCACCGGUCCAAUCCAUGUCGCCACUGAGGCUCCACAUGAAGACAGUCUGUCCCAGAGGAGCGAAAAGGCCGUCUCUGCUCUUCCUCUGACUCCUGGUCGGCAGAUAGAAGAUGACGCCGAGGUGGUGCGAAGGGCUCGCGAGGAAGGUCGGGUGAAUGUUGUCUUUCCUGGCUCAGUAACUCAAGAAGGCUGCUGUCGUAUCAUCUGUGAGAUCCUCAAGUGCAUCUUGUACCAGAGACAGCAACUGCCCAUGACCUAUGAACAGCUGGUGUAUUCUCAGAAGGAGCAUCAAGAUAUGAUGAACAAGGAGCUGGUGGGUCGGAGGCCCUCGCUGUCCACAGUCUUGGACUGGAGGAGGUGCCAGCGAACGCUGCAGGACCUGGAGGAGUUACUGCAGCAGCUGGAGGUGCUGUUCUCCCUCAGCCUGGUUCCUCGGGUUCUCCUCCUCAUCGGGGGUUCCAUCAUCCUCCCCAAGGAGCUGUACGAGGUCAACAUGGAGGCGGUUAUACGGGCGUCUGGGGGCCGCAGCCUUAGAGCCUCCACCUGCAUGCGUCACAUGUUCAGGACUCUGUUUGUGGCGGAUGUUUUGUCCGACACCAGACCGAUCCACCUCAUGAACACCACCGUCAUGGUUCUGGCCCACAGGGACUGCGGCGUUGACUGGUUCCGGCCUAAACUGGAAUACAGAGUCCCCACGCGGGUUAAGAGCCAGGUUAUUGCCCUGGCUUCAGACCCUGGCUUCUCCGAGGCCUCGCAGAGAGACGUCCAGGCCUGGCAGGACUACGUGUGGUUCCAGGCCCCUGUGGCCAUCAAGGGUUUCAGCAAAUGACCUUCCAGAGGAAGGACCAGACGGCAUGAGAGUGAAGGUGGUCGGAGAAGUCAAAGGGGGGAAAUAUGCCUGGUAACCGCACGUUUCUCAGGAACCUUUUUGUCUGUGUCGUUUUUUUAUAAUUCAGGACGCAGGCUGGUGUUCUGUGAACUACCGAAUUGUACAGGUUUUUAUUAAUGGGUUGUCUUAGCUCUACUUUUGGUUUGAAAUAAUGGAAUGAAAGUACACCUGGUGGCUCUGUACUGUAGAUGAGCAGAAUCCGGUUCAUCAUAUUAACUCUCGUGGACACUCAACCUCAGGUCUUCUACUUCAAAUGCAUAUAUAUUUGUGUAUUUUGCAACGUGUGUUCUCCAAUCUCAGAAUAUUUCUCCAAGCAGUGUCUUGUUUUCUGACUGCAGUGUCUCCUGCAUGAUGUCCUGUAGUUGUAUUUUUGGAAGAUUGACUUAAUGUGUGCCGGGUAAGAUUAGACUUAUCAAAUUUGGUAUAAUUCUGCUUAUAAGUCUGCUUUAAAACUUUAUUGUACAACCUGAAAGUUCAGUAUUCAAUAAAGUAACAAGUGCAAGUCA